AUUUGUUCUACUAUUUAGUACUGCAAUAACCUUCCAGGAGUAAGCACCGGAGUCAGAGCUAGUAACUUACUAAAAAGUAGAGCACGCGUCUACCAAAAUUUCGUAUACGCCAUGGCUUGGUCGCCGCUGAUGAUUAAAUACCUGGCAUUCUUGUUCAAUUUUCUUUGUGCGGUCCUGGGAAUUGCCACUAUUGUGAUCAAUGUUAUCGCAAUCGAGCAGAUAGAUCCGAAGGAGCAACUCAUUCUGGGCAUAUACAUAGCCGUUGGUUCGAUUGUGUUCUUGUUGUCCUUCUUCGGCUGUUUUGGGGCUAUUAAGGAGAACAUAUGCAUUACCUGGGCGUACGCAACUUCGAUGCUGAUUAUGCUGAUCAUCUCGAUAGUCCUGCUCUUUGUCUUUCGCAUGCAUUUCGACGAGGCCUCCCUUACUAAGCUGCAAAGGACCUUUGCAAGGCAGACAAAUGCCUUCGAUGCCAUGGCUGAGUACCAAACAAAGUUGCAGUGUUGUGGGGUUUACAAGCUGAAGGACUACGGUGAUGCCUCUAUAAACGUUCCUAGCAGCUGUUUUGACACUAAUGAGACCCCCUAUAAGGAGGGCUGUCUAUCUAAAAUGGAGUCCCAUCACGAAGAGGUUCUAAAGGGCCCCAAAAUGGUUGGCUGGAUGCUAAUGGUCAUUGAGAUUGGUGCCUUCACUUUUACCACCAUUUUGGGAGUGUAUUUCAGGAAUGAAAGGCGCCGCUCUUAUUAUUAAGGAAGUUGUAUAUUUGUACAUACUUGUUAAUCGAAAGUUGUGAUCCGCUCUUUUGAUACCUAAAAUAUGAAAUUACAGCUGAGAUAUGUAUAGGUAAUGAAAUUAAACCAACGUUUAGUGAGA